AUGAGAGAUCUCGCUUCGAUUCUUCUUCUCCCUUCUGCUUUUGCUCAGAAUGCUAGACCGAUAGAACCUGCUUUUAUCAAAGAAAAAGAGCCUUUUUUCCGUGACUAUCGAAGUGAUUUCUCGGUCGAGAAAAGGGAUGAGGAGCCAUGGAAUUAUGUUCCUGCAGGCGCUGCUAUUGAUCCUAUGGACGAGAGAAUCUGGAACGAGCAAAAUGAUCAGUCCGAAUAUGAUAUUGUCUACGAUACGACCGAGUUUCCAACAACAACUGAGGAGUCAACAACGACAACAACAACGACCACAACAGGUCCUGAAAUUGUCGAUGACGCCUGGCUCCUCGAUGAGUCCUCGGAGUCAUCAAUUCUAGACGGAUUUGGUCUUCCUGGAGCAGUAAAAGACAUGAUCAAAAAAACAAUGUCCAACAUCUUCGACGACAGCGACGAUGCUGCACUCAUCAUCACCGUCAAUUCCGCUGUUGACGAAACCCCGCCUGUUUUCAAUGGAAACAUGGGCAUCCCACACGAUUGGAUGCGCAAAAAAGUCGACGGGAACGCUUUCCCUUGGAAGAACUACGAGCAUCAUGGAGAUUGGAAUCGCCCACCGAAGGGAGGGUUUUUCCCCGGCUUCAGCCCUCAAUUUCCCGUUCAAGGGGCUAAGCCUGAAUGGAAGCCGGUUUAUGCUCCCCAUGCGAAAGAGGACUGCGAGAAGGAGAAGGACAUAAAGCCGGAGGAAGAGGAAAUCGAAAUUCAAGCAAAAAUGGAGCAAGAAGAAGCGAUUCAAAAAUUCAAGUACCAGCGCCGACGACAUCACAAAAUCGUUCGAUGCAUGAUCAUGGCGGCUAUGUCGAUCGGAUUCGGAUUUGGAAUCUUUUUCGUGCUCGUCCGACUCUUCCGAGCCCGCCGCCGACGAAGAGCUCUUCUUAUUUCUGCUGAAGUUGCUGAUAAGACUGAGAAGCAGCCCCUUAUCAUCGCGUAA